CACACCAGUAUUUAGGGGUGCUUCUCCGCUCCUCCUAAUGCUUUCUUUCUUAAUAAACCUCUCUCCCUCUCUCCAUCUCUCAGGUGACUACUUUCCACUUCCAUGGCUUCUCCUCCUCUCCUCUUUCUCUCUUCCCCUCACCAUUUUUUAAUCAGUUUCCCAUAGCUGUUUUUCUAUUAAAUCCUGGUUUCUUGCCCUACCCAUAUCAAUCUACUUUGUACUUGAAUCUUAGCUAGAUUUGGUUUUCUCUGCAGGGUAUCAAAGGUUUUCAAUUUUAUACUCUGUCUGGUCUGUACCUAUUUCAAGUUUUUUAUUUUUUAUUUUUUUUCUUUGGCCUGGUUAUAGAAAAUUCAUAGUUUUCAAGAAUCAGAAGUAGGGUUUUGAGUGAUGGAAGACUUUUCUGGGCUUGGAAAAGAGGAUGAUCAGAUGGAAUUGCCACCGGGAUUUCGAUUCCACCCAACUGACGAAGAGUUGAUCACACACUACUUAUCCAAGAAAGUCCUUGAUAGCAAUUUCUCUGCUACAGCUAUGGGUGAGGUGGACUUGAACAAGGUUGAGCCUUGGGAUUUGCCAUGGAAAGCGAAAAUGGGGGAGAAAGAGUGGUAUUUUUUCUGUUUGAGAGACAAGAAAUACCCAACUGGUUUGAGGACAAACAGGGCUACUGCUGCUGGAUAUUGGAAAGCUACCGGGAAAGAUAAGGAAAUUUUCCGGGGAAAAUCACUGGUUGGAAUGAAGAAAACCCUUGUUUUCUACAAGGGUAGAGCUCCAAAGGGAGAGAAAACCAAUUGGGUCAUGCAUGAAUACAGAUUGGAGGGAAAAUUCUCUCUCCAAAACCUCCCCAAAACAGCCAGGAAUGAGUGGGUGAUUUGUAGGGUGUUUCAAAAGACUUCUGGUGGAAAGAAGAUCCAUAUUUCCGGGUUAGUGAGAUUGAAUUCAAUCGGAAACGAAUUGGGUCCUGUUCUGCCGCCAUUGAUGGACUCUUCUCCUUAUGGCGACAGAACUAAACCCGCCACGUCCGAAUCCGUUCACGUGUCCUGCUUCUCCAAUCCAAUUGACAUUCAAAAAAGCCAGCAAGAGAUGAUGAUGAUUGACUACAUUAACAAUCCUCUGUUUGCUGCCUCAUCUAAUCCCUCGGAUUUUUUCCCUAGACUUUCACUUCCAAAUUCAGUCUAUUCGGGUCCAAUUCAAGGAAAUCUGCAAUUCCCGGGUUCAAUUUCAAUGCAAGACCAUGCAAUUCUAAGGGGUUUGAUCGAAAAUUAUGGUCCAAACAUGAAACAGAGUCUGAAAAGAGAGAAGGAGAUGGUAAGUGUAUCCCAAGAAACAGGUCUGAGUAAUGAUAUGAACACCGAAAUCUCGUCGGUUGUAUCGAAUAUUCAAAUGGGAAGAAGGUCAUUUGAAGAUCAAGGGGCACCCUCGACUUCGGUUGGACCGGCCGAUCUUGAUUAUCUUUGGAAUUAUUGAGAUCCAUGAAACCAAAAAAUAAAAAAAAAUAAGCAAUAUUAGAGAAAAAAAGAGGAAUUCAGUUACUAUUAUUGCCUGAAAAUGAUUGUGUGGGGGUCUGUAUAGUAUUAGAGUCCGGAUCUUCUGCCGCUCUUUCCUGCCAUGAUUACGAUUAGCCAAAAGGGACAUUGAAGAUAGUGAAUAGGGUUUUAUGUAUUACAUCAAAUUAUGUUAUGAAUUAUUGUUUUUGUUUUUGUUUUUAUUUUUCUCUUUUACCUCUUGUUGUUAAUGGUACUUCUUAUAUAUGGUGGUAAAAAAUUGUAAAAAUAUUUGUGAAAUUAUUGUUGGUUUUCAACA